AUGGCGGCGGCGCGGCUGUGCACGGCGCUGGUCCUCGCCCUCGCCGUGCUUGCCGGGCAGGUAGCCGAGGCGGCCAAGAAUUCUGAGGAUGUCCGAUGCACAUGCAUCUGUCCUCCUUACAAAGACCACGCUGGCAACAUUUUCAACAAAAAUAUUUCACAGAAAGACUGUGAUUGUCUUCAUGUUGUGGAGCCUAUGCCUGUUCCUGGGCCAGAUGUGGAAGCAUAUUGCUUACGCUGUGAAUGCAAAUAUGAAGAAAGGAGCUCCGUCACAAUUAAAGUUACCAUCAUAAUCUAUCUGUCCAUUUUGGGUCUCCUUUUGCUGUACAUGGUAUAUCUCACGUUGGUAGAACCUAUUCUGAAGAGACGCCUGUUUGGUCAUUCACAGCUAAUACAAAGUGAUGAAGACAUUGGGGAUCACCAGCCUUUUGCAAAUGCUCAUGAUGUGCUGGCUCGUUCCCGAAGUCGUGCCAACGUGCUGAACAAAGUGGAGUAUGCCCAGCAACGCUGGAAACUCCAAGUCCAAGAACAGCGCAAAUCUGUGUUUGACCGCCAUGUUGUGCUCAGUUAACUGAGCAUAAUUAAGUUUCUCCACUUAAUGCUGGAAGAAAAGAAGAUGGACUGAAGUAAAGCACUGAUUUGACUUCCUGAUAUGCCGUUACAGAAUAUUUUUUGCUCAGUGGUAGCAAAGAAUAGUUGCAGACAUGGCAGCCGCAGCCGACGGGAGAUAUUUAAAUCUUUAACAAGCCAAAAUCUAACUCUGUAUGCUAUUCAGUGGCUCUUACCAAUAAAAUAUUUGUGUGGUAAUUAUGAUGCUGAAAUGAUUAAUUACAAUACUUAUUGGGAAAAUUCACUAAUG